UUUUGAAUUACAUUAGCAAUAACAUAUGUUUGACAUAAUCAUAUCUUGACAACAAUUACAUUACACUAAUGUGAUGACAGUCAGAAAAAACAAACACAUAACGUAUAUCAGUUUCAUGUUUGGUUGGAUAAUUUUAAUUUCUAAAUCAUGAUAAAUGUUGUAAUGGAAGAGAGAAUUUAUUUCAUCGUCUUGAUAAUCUUCUCGCGAUUACAUGUUGUAACAGGAGGAAUAGGUGCAUUUACGAACAUGAAAUUCUGUGACUCCAAGGCUUACAAUCCCUCUUAUCAGACUUGCUGUGAUGGUGUGAUAACUGUCCCUGGGGGGUGGCCAUGUUGCAAAACGGAGGUUUAUAACCCAGAAUAUGCGAUCUGCUGUAAAGAUACUAUUCAUUAUAAGAAAGGCUCGUCCUGCUGUAAGGACAAGGCAUAUAAUCCGAUAUAUGAAACAUGCUGCGAUGAAAAAAUAUAUCAAGUAAAGGAUGGACACUGCUGUGGUGAGAAAAUUUAUGAUCCAAAGACAGAAAAAUGUUGCGAUGGAUCGAUAAAUCAGAAGGUAGAACCAUUUUACCAGUGUUGCUCAGACAAGGCAUAUAGUCCAGCAUUUGAAACUUGUUGUUCCGGUAAACUAUAUUCCCAAAAAGGACUAGAGUGUUGUGGAGAAAAGUCUUACAGUCCUUUGCAUGAAACUUGUUGUUCCGGUAAAUUGUAUUCACAAAGAGGACUUAAGUGCUGUGGACACAAGAUUUACAGUCCUUUGCAUGAAACAUGUUGUUCCGGUAACCUGUAUUCACAAACAGGUCUAAGGUGUUGUGGAGACAAGAGUUAUAGUCCUUUACAUGAAACAUGUUGUUCCGGUAAACUGUAUUCACAAAGAGGAGUAAAGUGCUGUGGACACAAGAUUUACAGUCCUUUGCAUCAAACGUGUUGUUCCGGUAAACUGUAUUCAAUAGGAGGACUAGAGUGUAACAUUUGUGGAGACAAGAGUUAUAGUCCUUUACAUGAAACAUGUUGUUCCGGUAAACUGUAUUCACAAAGAGGAGUAAAGUGCUGUGGACACAAGAUUUACAAUCCUUUGCAUCAAACAUGUUGUUCCGGUAAACUGUAUUCAAUAGGAGGACUAGAGUGUAACAGUUGUGGAGGCAAGAGUUAUAGUCCUUUACAUGAAACAUGCUGUUCCGGUAAACUGUAUUCACAAAGAGGACUAGAGUGUUGCGGAGACAAGAGUUACAGUCCUUUUUAUCAAACAUGUUGUUCCGGUAAACUGUAUUCAAUAGGAGGACUAGAGUGUUACAGUUGUGGACAUAAGAGUUAUAGUCCUUUACAUGAAACAUGUUGCAACGGAAUUGUUACUGAACCCAGUGGUUUAUCAUGUUGUGGUACAACGGCAUAUGAAUCUUCUACACAGUCAUGUUGCAAUGGCAAGAUUACGCAUUCAAACUCUAUAUGUUACACAGACAAUCGGUCAAUGAGAGAUAGAGAUUUUAGGGCAAUUUUGAGUAGAUUUUCUCCAUUGCUGAUUUUCUGACUUAGGAAAAGUUUCUUUUUACUAUAUACAGUUGCAUUUAUUUGCCUGAUAACACGUUAAUUAAUGUAUAUUUUAGUAAAACAAAUUAUUUAUUUUCAAA